AUGGAUGGGUACAAGCUUUGGUACUCGAGCAGGGAUAGGAGUCGAAAUGAAGUCAGUAUCAUAAUGGAUGAGAAGCUUAAAGGUCAGGUUGUGGAGGUUAUAAGGGUCAGUAAUGGGGUGAUGAAGAUUAAGUUGGUCUUGCGUCGUUUUAAAUUGCAUGCAUGUAGUGUUUACGCACUGCAAGUGGGCUUGGAAGAGGAGGUGAAGGCAAGAUUUUGGGAAGAUUUGGAUGAGGUGGUGAGAGGCGUGCCUAGCGGUGAGAAGAUCAUCAUUGCAGGGGACUUUAAUGGGUAUAUUGGGGUUCUACCUAGAGGCUAUGAUGAUGUGCAUGGUGGUUUUGUCUUGGAGUUAGAAAUGGCGAGGGAGCAGCCUUGUUGGAUUUUACUAGGGCCUUUAAGCUGGUGGUUGUGA